UCUCUUCUUGAAACUGUAAGAGGCUACACUUUUUUCCUCCUCGCCACGAAAUGGGCGCCUGCGCGUUCGCUCCCUCCUGAAAAGGGUCUUCCGCCCUCAGCCUUAACUGCUCUUUCCCUUUUCCAACCGCCGCCAUUUUAUUCCUCUCGCGGAACGUGCCGUGAAAAGCCAAAAAGGGUCGCUGCCAUUCGCUGAAAAAAUGGCAUGGCCCAGCUCGGGAAGAAGAGGCCUUUUCCCGCUUAGAAAUCCCACAACUGUCACAGGCCGACAAAAGCGGCCUAUUCAUCUCGGGUGGAAGCGCUGAGGUAAGGAAGCACCCCACCCAUGGAGCCCCUGAGGGAAGGAGAGCAGGCGGCCUCUCGCCUUAAUGCUUGCCCGCCCUCGUUGCCGGCCCCUCAGCCCGACGCCCCGUUUUCACUGCUGCGGCUGUUGUCACAGCUGCUGCAGCGCCUCCUGCCCGGUCCUAUCAGUCCCCUCUUCUGGCUGCCUUCCGAGGUCCACGCCACCGCGCCGGAGACUUCGGUGCCAGUGUGGGAGACGCCCGGCCUGCCUCCGAUUUUGGCCGUUCAGCAUCAGCUGCGCGUGGUCUCUACCUCCUACGUGCUGGGGGGCACCGACAAGAACAACUCCGUGGCCGGACCUCUGCGAGCUAAGUUUCCCGAGAUCUUGCAGCCGUCCCCGUGGCAGCCGCAUAAAGCCGUUCUCGACGAGCCAGACACCGAUUGCGGCUACCACAGCUUGGAAGUCGAGGAGCAGCUGCGGGAGGCCUGGGCCCCAAAGGAGCGUGGUGGGGAAGCCCAAGAAGAGCGGGAUCCCGCGAAGGCUUCUCAGUCUCUGGAUAGAGACGGCGUUGAGCGGAAAGCGGCUGUGGAAGUUAGCUCCGAGGUAGAACCCGACCUGCCGGUGGUGGCCAGACCGGCCUGUCCUAACAAGUUGAUCGAUUACAUUCUGGGGGGCGCCUGCAGCGGGGAUGAGAGCGAGGAGGAGGACAACGAUGAAGACGAGGAGGGGGAGGAUUGGUAUGAGGAAGAGGAGAAGGAAGACGACGACGAUGAUGGCUUUGACAGUGAAGGAUCCCUUUCAGAGUCGGAAAUAAGCCAAGAUGGAGAAAGCAAUGAUCUGUGGAACUCUUUCUGUAGCCCCGAUCCAUACGACCCGUGGAAUUUCACCGCAGCUAUGCAGACUGCUGAGAAUGUGGGAGAGGAAGGGUCUACAGGAGAGUCAAAUGAAGGCGAGGUGGUAGAGGAAUCUUCCUCAUGGAGUGAAAGUUCUUGUGAGGAAGAUGAAUGGGAGUCUGGUAGCCUAGAUGAAUCUGAAAAUUUGAAAUUGUGGAAUUCUUUCAUUAAUUUGGACGAUCCUUAUAACCCUUUCCAUUUUAAGGCACAAUUUCAGACUGCAGGAAAGAAAGGGAAAAGUGACUUGAAAGGAUCGAAGGGUUUAAGCCUUAGCCCCUCUCAACGUAGUAUCUUGCUUAGCUGUCAGCUUCACCUGUUUGAUAAUGGAGGCACUGAAAAUUCGAGGUAUGGCAUCCUCUCUAGGGAAAAGUGUAAGAAGAAGAAAAAGGUGACUUUUCUUGAAGAAGUUACUGAGUAUUAUGUAAGCAUUGAGGAAGAUCGCAAGGGACCUUGGGAAGAGCUUGCACGUGAUGGAUGCCGAUUCCAUAAACGAAUUCAAGAGACUGAAGAUGCUAUUGGAUAUUGCUUAACAGUAGAACACAGGCAGCGAAUCCGUAAUAGAUUCCAGGAAAUGUGUUUUGAAAGAUCUGAUAUUUUUUAAACCCUUGUUCAUUAUCCAGGGUAAUAUUUUUAAUGAUAUUUAUCAGCAUCUUUCAAGAAAGCUGCCUCUAAUAGUAUAAAACUCAGAAUUGGAGUAAUUGUAAAACUCUUUCUCAAUUCUUUGCCAACAAAUAUGGUAUAAAAGCUGGAUGCAGUGUUGAAACAAGUCUUUUGAACAUCCAGUGUGUGCAUAAGUGGUCCUUUCUAAUGAUAGUUUAUUUUUGCAAAAGCCAAUCCAGACAUGCCUCCUUGUGCAUUUGUGUGUGUGUUCUGUCUCGUUCACAUAUAUGUAAAGAAAGAAAUGUGUCAAAUUUUGCACUUUUGAAAAGGGAAUAUUUUCAAGUAUAUUUAUUGCGUUUGGAACCUAACAAUGCAGUUCUGAUUUAAAGUUUGUAAAUUGCACCCUGUACUUGUAUAUACCAGAAAAUUGUAAUAAUCUUAUAUUUCCUAUAAUUGAAAUGAGUUUAUACAACAAUACUGUCUGCUCCUCAUUGGUUUUUUUCUUACAUAUUUUAUUUUAACAAAACUCUUCUGCAUAAAAGUAUCUCUUACACUUUUAGAGAUUAUUAUUUGGUUGGAAUACAAUGCUGUAUAUUUACAAUAAAAUUGCAAACAGUAUUGGACUGCUAAUGAUAGGAACCACCAAUUAAGGUAGUUAAUAACACAUUCUUCCUCAUUUUUAGCAUUAUACCAGUCUAAUGGAUACAGCCGCUGUGGAGAGAUCACCAAAAUUCUGCAGCAGUUUGCUUUAUUAUUUCAGAAGAAAUCUCCUCUCAGUAAACAUUAUAGUAAAGAAAAUACAAAAUACACUGAUUUGAUUGCAGUCUCCUCUAGAAAUUUCAAAUUUACAGGAAAAAAUAACAUUCUAUAUUUGUAAUGCUGAUUGGUUACAAAGCUUACCAAAAUAAUCAGUAUAUUCUUACAGCAAUUUAAUCAUUUCUAAGGAUAGUUCUAGAAAUAUUUUAAUGCAGUAAUUAUUCUUAAUCAUUAAUGUUAUUUAGUCAGAAUACAUGUUUGAAUUAUUGUAUGCUUUUCAAAUAGCUGCUAUAAAUCCAGUAUUCAGAAUUAUUGGGAUAAAUACAUUGGUUUAAGUUAUUCAUUAGUUUUAGGUAUACUUUUCUAGAAGGAAGGAAGGCAUACCAGUAAUAUCCAUUGCUGCAAUAUGUAUUUAACACAAAUAAUAAGAAAUCACUUUACUUUUUUCUAUCUUAUGUUUUACUGACCUCAUGUUUAUAUAAUUGUUUGUUAUAAUGACAAGCACUCUGUGGUUUAGUCCAGGUAAAUUCUAAUAAAAUAAAUAGUCCUUAAAAAAACAUUUUUGAUAUCACACAAAAGUAUGUUUUGAUAUGUAAUAAUCUUGAUGAUUUAUAUAUAGAAUACUUGAUGUAUAUCUGAAAAAGAUCCCCGUGAAGCGCUGCUAUAAAAUUUCAUUGUACUGAGGCAUUUCCAAUUUAGUUGCACAUUUGUGUAUUUGGAACUUAGUUUCUGUAUAACAUGCAUCAGAUAAAGCCACAGAGGAUAGAACCUUUUUCUAUCUUGAUACUGUUUUAAGUAUUGUCUUUUUUUGGUCAGUUAUUGACUACUGGAAGGAAUGAUGAUACUGUUUCUCAGUCUGAAGCCAUUUAAAAUGAGUGCAGAUUCCUGAAAUAAAAUCAUGGCUUUUU